AUGAGUCAUAAUAAUAAUGAUUAUGGAUAUGAUCAUUUAGGUUAUGCUCAUCCUUAUUUUAGUAAUAAUGCUCAACAACAACAACCAACACAGGAUGUUCAAUCCACUGCACCAACUAGUGUUGUAUUUAGACCUGAUAAACAACAACCACCACAAUCAUAUACUGUAACAUCACCUAUUAAUAAUAAUAAUAAUAGUUAUGGAAUGAGUCAUGAUCAUCACGAUCACCAUGGUCAUUCACAUAAUCAUCAUCACGACGACGACGACCACCAUGAUCACGAUCACGAUCAUCAUGGACACUCUCAUGACUACCACGAUCACGAUCAUCAUGGUCACUCACACAACACUAGUAACAACAUUAAUAAUUCCGGUGGUAGUUUCUUUGCCUCUAUGCCAUCACACUACAAUAACAACAACAACAGUAAUAGUAUCGGACAUUUCAAUACGGUGUCGCCGAUGAUGUCAGGUGCAUCGUUUAGCGGCUACCAACAACCACAGAUUCUCAAUACAUUCGAUAGUAAGCUGACAUUUGGACAUCUAUGGAAUAACUUGAUGAGAGACAACGAUGCCAAGAAGCUUGCUCUCUGGAUCGUAGUCAUGCUUUGUUUUACUCUGUUUGAAAUAUUCUAUGGUGCACUUUUAGAGAGUUUGGGUUUGGUUUCCGAUGGAUUCCACGCACUCUUUGACUGCAUCGGAUUUAUUAUUAGUCUAACUUCUAUUCUGGUCGGAAAGAAAGGUUCGAAUCGUGAAUUCACCUAUGGUUAUGACCGUUGGGAGAUUCUAGGUGUAUUCUCAAACAGUUGUUUCCUCCUAUUCGUCUCUUUUUUCCUCUUCUUGGAAUCCGUUGAACGUGUAUUAGAACCACCUCAUAUUCAUGAAAAACAUUCAUCUUCGUCGGUAUUCAGUGAUAAAGGUAGAGCGAGACAAGAAAACUUUAUGACCAUUACAUCACACAUUUUGGCUGACAGUUGCACAAGUGUUGGUGUCAUUUUCUCCACUUUGGUAGGAAGUACUUUGGGUAUCGAAAUAUCGGAUUCUUUAAUUUCAUUUAUUAUUGCAAUCAUUAUUGUCUACGAUGUAUUACCGAUCUCUAUUAGAACAGGAAAGGUAUUGUUACAGACCACUCCAGAGUUGGUAACACCACAAAUCAUUUCGGCAUGCAGAGAAUCACAAGCCAUCGACGGAGUGCUAUCGUUGAGUGAUAAACAUUUCUGGACUCAUUCACAUGGUAAUUUCAUUGGUAGUCUGGUAGUAAAAGUUAGAGAGGAUGCCGAUGAACAACAAAUCCUAAAGAGUAUAAGAGAUAAUUUCCAAUUUAUAAAUAAUAUGACAAUUCAAAUUGAUAAAGAACAUAGCCAUGGCCAUGGUCAUGCUCAUAGUCAUAAACAAAAGCACCAUGAUCAUGAUGAUCACCACGACCACGAUCACCACGACCAUGAUGAUCACCAUGACCACGACCACCACGACCAUGAUAAUCAUGACCAUGAUCACGAUCACCACGGUCACUCACACGAUCAUCACGAUGACCACCACGGUCAUUCACAUGAUCAUCACGAUGAUCACCACCAUGGUCACUCACAUGAUCAUUAA